AUGAGUACGGAAUCAGGUUACUUCGUGCAAUCAUCGUCACCGCUUGAUUCGGCGCUGUUUUUCGUUCUUGCCGCAUUUAUCCUCAACGUCAUCGUUGUUAUAAUGGCGUUCUGCUAUUUCGAUCCGACACCGGGACCGCCUCUUAUCAGUCGUACUUAUCGGAGUUUUCGAAGAUUAAGUCAAUCAUUGCAAGGAACCAGGCACCAGUUGGUCGUGAAAGAAGCUGAAGAUACUGAUACAGUACUUUUCGUUUGA